AUGGCGACGGUGAGAUCAAAUGCUACCAUGCCUGCCAGACCAGGUACAGUGUGCUUGGGCAAAUACAGCUUUUCAAGAGAUACUUUGGACGAGACAUGCGAUUCACACAGGCUUGUUGACUUUAAGGAUCCACCCAAAUCGGCACGAUCGUUCCGAUCAACCAUUAAACACGCUUGGACAAAGUCUACAGAACCUCAAAAACCGUUGGCCCCAGCGAUGCGACACCACCGCUUUCGCAGAUGGCUCAAUAAAAGAGAAAAAGACUUUACAUGUAGUUGGAGUGAGACUGAUGAGCGCACGGAGUCUUCGUUUCCGGGGUUCCUGGAUCCAGCAGAAUUUGACACUUACCAGGAUACGCACAUGACAUUGGAACCCAACGAGUCCCUAUUGCCACGCUUAGAAAACAGCUGUGACGACGCUAAAAGCGGUUUAGAAAUGUUCAGUAGGAUUUACUUAGACUCAGAUUCCGGUGCCACGCUAUCUAAUAAUGAGUUGAAGUCCACAGCCACCGUCUCCUCACUACCGUCAUCCUGCAAAAAACGGUUUGAUUUGCUUCGCACUUUCCGCUUGCGAUUAAAUCGUAGUCGGGUACGCAACGAGCUUACGCUUACCGACCGGUACCUGGGCUCAGAGGAGAACAUUGAGAGAUGUCUGCAUGAAAUGGAUUUGAUGCCUUUCGAUCUCACUGCUCCAUCGAGCGCGGACAACAAUAAAGAUCAUUCGGACUCGAACACCAUUCAGCUGCUCAGCGGGCCGCUAAGUGACAGAAGCACCAUGGUUGAAGAAACAUAUCGACCGGCACCGUUGCAGGCCAAAAAGAGACGUCAGUAA